UCCGAGUGGCCGGAGCAGGAAGCCGGGCGACAGCGGCUGAUCCUGUGGCUGGGGAGGCAGCAGAGGCGACAACCAAGACACCACUGUUGACGGGAGGGUGGCAUCGGCACCUCGGCCCCGGCGGCGGAGGCGGCGGCGGCGGUGGCAGGAUGCGCGUCCGGGUCAGGCUGGCCCUGCUGCUCUAUGGGGCGCUGAUGGGCUGCGGCUUGGUGUGGGCGGCUUCGGAUGAUGAAGGAGGUCAGGAUGAAUCCUUAGAUUCAAAGACUUCCUUGCCAUCAGAAGAAUCAGUAAAGGACCAUGCCACAACAGCCCGAGUAGUAGCUGGUCAGAUCUUCGUAGAAUCAGAAGAACCAGAAUUGGAAUCCCCUGCCAAAGAGAACAGCUUCAAGAACCAAGACAGAGAUAUUGAAACUAUUAUAGAAGACUCCAACUCUCUACAGAUGCCAAAUCUAGAAAACAAGGACUUGGCAGAAAGUGAGGAAGUAUUGAAAUCAGUUCUGACUGCCAUUGAAGGUACAGCUGAUGGGGAGCCCUGUCACUUUCCCUUCCUCUUCCUUGAGAAAGAAUAUGCUGAAUGUACGUCAGAUGGGAGGGAAGAUGGUAGGCUGUGGUGUGCCACAACCUAUGACUACAAAACAGAUGAAAAGUGGGGCUUUUGUGAAACUGAAGAACAGGCUCAUAAGAGACGACAAAUGCAGGAAGCAGAAGCUGUUUACCAGGCUGGGAUGAAAAUUCUCAAUGAAAGCAGUAAAAAGACCCAAAAGAAGGAGGCAUAUCGGUAUCUUCAAAAAGCAGCAGAUAUGAACCAUACGAAGGCCAUGGAAAAAGUGUCUUAUGCUUUUUUGUUUGGAGAUUAUCUAAAGCAGGAUGUCCUUGCAGCAAAGGAACUGUUUGAGAAAUUAACUGAAGAGGGUUCUCCCAAGGGACAAACAGCUCUUGGCUUUCUCUAUGCCUCUGGACUUAGUGUCAACUCCAGUCAGGCUAAGGCUCUGGUUUAUUAUACUUUUGGAGCUCUUGGGGGUAAUCUAAUUGCUCACAUGAUUUUGGGUUAUCGGUACUGGGCUGGGAUUGGAGUCCUACAGAGCUGUGAAUCUGCACUCACUCACUAUCGCCUUGUAGCUAAUCAUGUUGCUAGUGAUAUCUCACUGACAGGAGGCACAGUAGUACAAAGAAUUCGUCUGCCUGAUGAAGUAGAGAAUCCAGGAAUGGCCAGUGGAAUGCUAGAAGAAGAUUUGAUUCAGUAUUACCAGUUCCUAGCUGAAAAGGGUGAUGUACAAGCACAGGUUGGUCUAGGACAGCUACAUUUGCAUGGAGGGCGAGGAGUAGAGCAAAACCACCAGAGAGCUUUUGACUACUUCAAUUUAGCAGCUAAUGCUGGCAAUUCACAUGCUAUGGCCUUCUUGGGAAAGAUGUAUUCAGAGGGAAGUGAUAUUGUACCACAGAGUAAUGAGACAGCUCUACAUUAUUUCAAGAAAGCUGCUGAUAUGGGGAAUCCAGUUGGACAGAGUGGACUUGGAAUGGCUUACUUGUAUGGGAGGGGAGUUCCAGUGAAUUAUGAUCUGGCAUUGAAGUAUUUUCAGAAAGCUGCUGAACAAGGAUGGGUAGAUGGACAACUUCAGCUGGGCUCUAUGUAUUAUAAUGGCAUUGGAGUCAAGAGAGAUUAUAAACAAGCCUUGAAAUAUUUCAAUUUAGCAUCCCAAGGAGGGCAUAUUUUGGCUUUUUAUAAUCUGGCCCAGAUGCAUGCCACAGGCACUGGAGUAAUGAGAUCAUGCCAUACUGCCGUGGAGUUAUUUAAAAAUGUGUGUGAAAGAGGCCGUUGGUCCGAGAGGCUCAUGUCUGCCUACAACAGUUAUAAAGAUGGUGACUCCAAUGCUGCUGUGGUCCAGUAUCUCCUGUUGGCAGAACAAGGCUAUGAAGUGGCCCAAAGCAAUGCAGCCUUCAUUCUGGAUCAGAAAGAAGCUAGCAUUGUAGGUGAGAAUGAAACCUAUCCCAGAGCUUUGCUGCAUUGGAACAGGGCAGCCUCUCAAGGCUACACUGUUGCUAGAAUUAAGCUUGGAGACUACCAUUUCUAUGGCUUUGGCACUGAUGUCGAUUAUGAGACAGCAUUUAUUCAUUACCGACUAGCAUCUGAACAGCAGCACAGUGCACAAGCCAUGUUUAACCUGGGGUACAUGCAUGAAAAAGGACUCGGCAUUAAACAGGAUAUUCACCUCGCCAAGCGCUUCUAUGACAUGGCUGCCGAAGCAAGCCCAGAUGCUCAAGUCCCAGUGUUCCUGGCCCUCUGCAAGCUUGCAGUUGUGUACUCUUUGCAGUAUAUACGUGAUGCCAGCAUACGGGAAAUCUUCUUCUACUUGGAUAUGGACCAACUUUUGGGACCAGAGUGGGACAUUUAUCUCAUGAUUAUCAUCGCAUUACUAUUGGGAACAGUCAUAGCUUACAGGCAGAGACAACACCAAGCAAUCCGGAGGCCUCCAGGGCCACGGCCAGCUCCACUCCCUCAACAGGAGCCUCGACGAGAACAGCAACCCCCUCAAUAACAGCUUCCCUGUGGAGCCUUGACCAUCAUCAACCAUGAAGGAAUGGGAUCUGUUUGUUGAGAACACUUGCAUCGUGAUUAGGACUUUGGAUCAGCGGCCACCUCCCAAAAGAGGCACAAAGAAGCAUUUAAUUCUUAAAGCUGCUUAGAAUCUGAUGCCUUUAUUUUCAGGGAUAAGUAACUCUUACCUACACUGAGUUGAAUGUUUGUUUCAGUGCCAUAUGAAAUAAUAAUUUUCAUUGGCUUUCAUUUAGUUUUUCCUGGAAACAUAUGUGAGAUACUCAAAGUAAUGUCUACUGUAUUCAGCUGUCUUUCUUAAGUUCUGUUGGUCAUUCUCUUAGUAUGCAAAAGUCCUUACAUCAACUCUGUUAAGGUCUUAUGCACUAACACUAGAAACUGAUCAGUGUACGAAAGGAAAACCCAAUUGCAAGUUCAACUUUUAACAUGUUUGAAAGUCUGAAAACAGAACUUGCUUUUUAAGUAAAAAGAAAUUACGUCAUCAGAGUGUUCCAGAACUGUGAUAAAUGAGAUAAAUUAUUUUACUGAUCCAUUUUGCAAGUGUACAUAUCUACAUAUUCCCAUUAUUUUAAAAGGAAGGGUAAGAGCUUCCUUAUUCCUGAUGUUAGUCACACCUUACAAGCAUCUCAUUAAUUAUUUUGGGUCCUGCAUAAUUUCUCUCCUCCAAAGAUCAAUGAAAACUUAAUGUUAAAAAGUUUUAUGUGAAUUACCUUUCAUAAGAAGAGGAAAUCUGUAAACAUAGUGAACCAUCUCCUUGCUCUACUAUGUGACGUUACCAAUCAUCCACCCAAGUGUAAUUUGUUUAUUUUGGGUACACAGAGCUGUGAUACGGAAACCAGAGGACGGAUUAAAUGUGAGAAACCAGAACACAAUGUCAGACACUCUGCGUGGUGUGCAAAAGCUGAAGCAUCUGCUUCCAGAAUUUAUUUCCACUUGCGUUUCAUUUUGCACCAGCACAGAACGAUAGGUGGAUCAAGACCCUGAAUCACUAAAUGGGAAAGAUCUUUGCCAGGAGACAGUGUAUGGUGAAUACCAUUACAAUAUGACAUGCAAACGGACAAGAGAAUUAAAGUUUGGCUAACCUCAGCAGGUGAAGAAAGCCAAAGCCUUUUAAAUUGUUAAAGGUAGAUUCUCUCCUCUGCUGGUUUGUCAGUACACUGAAAGAUGAAUUGCUUGCUUAACUAUCUCAUUUUUACUAUUUUCCCACAGAGAGCGUUGGGAUACUUGAUAUUAUCCCCAGUUCAAAUCUGGGAUCUCAAAACAAACCAAGAACUUGGUUUUCUUAGGAUGAGAGAAUGCAUGUGAAUUAAAACUUCACUAGAUUUUUGUUGUUAGGAGAUGUGAGUACUUCAAUAGUUCAGCUUACUGAGCAGGCUUUUUCCUUUCCCUAGCAGACCUCAGCCUCCUUAAACUAACUUUGACACUCUUUUCCCAUAAUCCAUUAUCUGGGGUAAUACAUAAAAGAGUUAAUUGCUUCCAUUGUGGCAUGGCUUUAGUUUCUGGGGCUGAGAUUUUGUUUAGAAAUAGAUUUUUUCAGUCUCCAGUGAACAUAAAGACUUUCAGCUGAAGUUUUAUACUUCUUGUCUGUUACCAACUUGAUCAGCAAGCUUUCCUUCCAGGUAACUUGCUUCUAAAUUAAAGAUGGGAAACUUAGGAAAUUUUUCCCCACAAAAGUUAAAAUGGUUGCUUUGUGAAGUUCAGAUUUUAAAUACUAACAGAAUUUAUGCACACUCUUAAAUUUAUCAGUUUGAUCGUUGGUGGUCUUCUCCCUGAUCCUUUCUUCCCCACACGCCCCCUAAAAGAGCUGCAGUGUAAUGCAAGGUAAGACCAGAUCGUGACCACACUUCAAUCGAGUGGAACAGUAUUGAAUUUAUUUAAAAACUAGACUUUAAGAUUAAUAUAAAUUCUAGUAACUUGCCUUUUUAAAAAAAUAAUCUCUCUUCAAUUUCAAAUUUGUUUCCCCUUAUUAAAAUUUUUACUUCAUUUCCUCUCUAAUAGUGCUGUAAGAAUCAAUUCUGUUAUGCAGAAUAUUCAUUACAUAAAGGCCAGAUGGACAAAUCACAGCCUUAUUCACCAUUUAAUAAAUUAUUUUAUAUCAAUUCCCCAAUUGCCGUAUCCUAAUAUCCUUGAUUAAAAUAAAAAAUAUCCCACGUCCCUUUCUCUGCGUCUCUUCAUUUCCUCAUUUCCUCUGGUGUCAGUACCUGCAGGUCUGUAUAAUUCAGUUCAUUUGCUGUAUUUAAAGAAUCUAUGGAAGGGAGUAGACUUGGCCCCAUUUUUUCUCUGGGAUAAGGAAGUUUGGUUUUAGUUUUUUCCCUAAAACAAUAGUCAACGCUAACCUAAUCAAAUGGCAUCCAUUUGAAUAAAAUGACAGUAGCAGAAGCUAGUUAAUGUCAGUGACAUUAAACUAACUCAGGGAUUCAGGAGUUUUAAUAAUAGAAUUUAUAGGUAACUGACUGAUAUAGUCUGGCUUCAUUUCUCCAUGGUAAUCCCAUGCUCUCCUGAUCCAUUUUGUAUUGUAUCUUCUUCUGAGAAAGAGAACAAUAGUAGUACUUUAAGCAUAUUUACUAUUGUGCAUUUAGUUUGCUGACUGUUUCAGAUUCUUGAGUACAUCCAUCAUAUCAUCCAUUUUGUUUUACUGUGGUGGUAUUGGGUUUUCCUUUUUUCUCCCAAUUUUUGCAGUAGGUCUUAUUUUUGGUUAGUGUAUAGUGGCAGAGAGAAGAGAGAUCAAAUGACUUUUAUUCAAAAUUCAUUAUUUAGCAUAUAAAUCAAAUGGUGAUUCAUUAACACUUUUGAAGAUCUGUAACCUUUCUGCAUAUAAAGGUUAGUAUGUGACUUUUUCGUUUUACUGCUAAACUAUUGGAUUUCAUACCACUGGGAAAUUUUAGAAACUUCCACCAGAGACCUAGUGAUACUCUGAUGAUUUAUUUAAUUGAAGAACUAAUAAUGCCUCUAGGAAGCUAAAAAUAAUUCAUUAUAGAUUUUUUCCUCCCCACUUUUUUCUUUAUUCCCCUUCCUUCUUGCUUUCUAUCUUUGUUCUGCCGACCAGUACUUCAGAAACUUGCAUGCAGGUAAUCUUAAAAUGAAUACCACAGCAGUUUGUGUGUGUAGCAUGUGUAAUUACAUUCUCACCAAAAAAAAAAAAAACCUCACCUGUAUAUAGGUUUGGAUUUACAUUUCAAAACAAAAUACUUAAGGAAAACAGUCCCUUUAGUUGCCAAAAAGAGCAUUGUGAGCUAUGUAUUCCCCUUCCACCACACACACACACACACACACACACACACACACACACACACACACACACACACACCCACCAGCUGGUAUUAUUCAUUUUUGAAAAUGAGUUUAAUGUAUAUUGCACAUUAUUAUGACUUUAAGGAUAGAGCAAAUAACAGUAGCAAAAGAAAUGGAACUUAAAAGAUUCUAUCUUCAUGUGAAUUUUUCGUCACACUUGACUUUCCAAUUAAAAUGGAAGUAUAAGUUUUCUCAAUGCAAUAUUGUCCAAGGCCCUCACUGGUCUUUAAAUAUGUAAUAUUUAAUGAAAAGAAGCUCAAUAAAUUUCUCCUUUGAUCUUCAAGAAAGUUAAAAGCAAGAUAAAGAAAAAAUUUUAAACAUAUUCUAAAGUGUCUGUUUCCACUAAUACAAUUCAGAUUUAGUAUAUUUAAAGGAGAGAUUAGGUGUAUAUAAGGAAUCUUAUUUGUACCAUUAUUUUCCUAUUUAGACAAACGAACUGACUCUGUGUUCUAUUUCGUACAAAAAUAAUUACAAGGUUUGGUAUGAUCAGGAUAACCACUAUAUAUAUAACUAUAUAUAGGGGAGGCAGAGGUUAUAAAAGACCAUAAAAUAUUAUCAAUUGGCAUUGUGAAAAAACAACACGGUAAGCUUUUUUGUAAAUUUAUUUUGUAUUUUUUAAAAUGCAGUAUAAAGGUUGGUGAAGUGUAAUAUAAUUGUGUAAACAAAAAAAUCCUGUUAAUAGAAAGAUGUACAGAUUCGUUUUGUACUAUAUCUUGAAUCUUGUGAAAUAAAGAUUCCACCUCUGGUUAGCCUAUAUGCUCUAA